AUGCACUUUGACCUGUAUGUAAUUGUAGAUAACGGCCAGUGCUCCUCGCCCUUUGCUUUGAGUUUCCUUCUGAACAUGAGAGCAGGGCUCCUAGCAGCAGUGAUGUGUUUGUGGACCUGUCUCGUGUUGUUCCUCUGUCCUCUCUACAGGUGUACCUUGCUUCCACCUUGUGACAGGUAACAUUGUUUUGCUACAUUGACUUUUGGGUGUUAUGAAUCUAUUAUGAAUGAUCUUGAACCAUGCUGCUCUGUUUCAAAGCUGAACUUUGGUUCUUGGGGAAGUGUGUUAAUGGCUCAGGGUUGAUGCAAUGUGUUCUGAUGGAGCUCAGCAAAAUGUCUUAAGUCAAGUUGGAUUUGCUCUAUUCAAAGAGGUUUUAACACACAUGGACCUUAGAAAUUGGACUUGUUUGGGAUUUGAAAUGCACUUUAAAUAAAGUUAGAUUUAUUACUGUAAUAUAGGUUUGAUGCUAUUUCAUGGGUAUUGUUUAUCUGUCAUCCAGAUAACCGUAUUUAAUGAUUAACUCCUCAGUGAGAUCUACUGUUAUGGGGACAUCCUAAGGCAGGUUCAGACCGCCAAACUGUUUGACGAUGACAAGUACUUUGUGGAUAUGAAGCUGAAGUCGGCCCCUGGUAAGUCUUGUAAGGAAAUCAUUUAGCCACAGGGUAAGUCUUGUAGGGGAAUCAGUCAUCCUCUGGUAAGUCUUGCAGGGGAACCAGUCAUCCUCUGGUAAGUCUUGUAGGGGAAUCAGUCAGCCCCUAGUAAGUCUUGCAGGGGAAUCAGUCAUCCUCUGGUAAGUCUUGCAGGGGAACCAGUCAUCCUCUGGUAAGUCUUGUAGGGGAAUCAGUCAGCCCCUGGUAAGUCUUGCAGGGGAACCAGUCAUCCUCUGGUAAGUCUUGUAGGGGAAUCAGUCAGCCCCUAGUAUGUCUUGCAGGGGAAUCAGUCAUCCUCUGGUAAGUCUUGCAGGGGAAUCAGUCAUCCUCUGGUAAGUCUUGUAGGGGAAUCAGUCCCAACAAAGGCUUUCUGCCUCCCAUGUCAGCUUUUUCUUUGCGCGAGGUCUUGGGCCGUAUGUAUCAAGCGUCUCAGGAGGAGUGCUGAUAAAGGAUCAGUUUGAACUUUUAGACUUUCGAACCCUUUAAGGAAGUAUUGUGUGACCGAAAAGCAUGAAAUCAAAUCAAUAAAUAAAACGGAUGACGGGGGGAGGGGGGGGGUCCUGGGCCCUGGGCCCAUAUUCAUUAAGUAUCUGAGUAGGAGCACUGGUCUAGGAUCAUGUCCCCCCUAUCCAUGGAAUGAUAUAAAAGUCUCUCCACACACCUAAUCAGAAGCCAAUUCCAUUUCAGUCCAUUGAGGAAGUAAAGUGAAAAUGUCUGUUUAUUUUCUGUAUUGAAAUGGAAUUGACCCCAACCCUGCACCUCACCUCAUACCCUCAGAUAUUGUCCUGACAGCGUUUCACAACCUGACACACGGAGCUCCUAACACAACUCUCCUGCCUUCCACACUGAGAGAGUUCCUUCGCGAGUACUUUGAAGAACCAGGGACGGAGUUUGAGCCAUGGUCCCCACCCGACUGGCAUGACAAGUGAGAAAGAGCCAAUCAUUCUGAUUGAUCCUGACCAAACUGAGGUGUGAGAUAUUUUGUGCAUCCCAAAUGGCUCUCUGUUCCCUAAAAGUAGUGCACUCUGCAGGGAGUAGGGUGCCGUUUCGGAUGCAUAAAUGUAGUAUGUUCUGUCCAGUACAAGGCAUGUUCUGUGUGCAGGCCACAGUUCCUGAAUAGAAUAGCAGACUCAGAACUGCGCAGCUGGGCCGAGAAGCUGCAUCAUUUGUGGAAGUCUCUUGGGAGAAAGGUAUGCACACUGGCUAUGGCUAUGGCCUUUUAUUCAUUCGAUUUUGCUCACUUCCUGUGUCCUCUCUCGCCACCACUUGGAAAAAAGGUCAAAGUUAAUCGAGGGGAGUGAUACACUGCUAAGAUGCGUGUCUCUCCUUGAUGAGCAGAAUUUGUCCGCAGAGCCGUCGUGUGUUCUGUAUGGAGGGAUAUGGUUCUGAUAUACCUUGGAAACUAUGUAGAACUAACGUCUGGCUGCAAAGAGCUACGUAGAACUAACGUCUGGCUGCAAAGAGCUACGUAGAACUAACGUCUGGCUGCAAAGCGCUACGUAGAACUAACGUCUGGCUGCAAAGAGCCUACGGCUGCCAUUGUUGUUUGUCUACAUCCUCAGCAUCCUUCUGAACACACCAAAGAUGGUGGAUAAAUGAAGAUGGUUCACUCGCCGUUUAAAAAAAGGUAAUUUCCGGUCUACUUAACUAGACGUGUCUCCUAUAGACACCAGUACAAUAGCAGCUGGGUCUGGGCUACUUCUUAGUUCAUUAACUUUCAUCAACGAUUAUGGCUACACUGACAAGAUACAUGUCUCUCUGCCCAAGAAUGAGGAGUCGUUGUCCACAAAGCGGCACAGGCGGGCUGUCUAGCUCCCGCCUCUUUGGAUUGGUGGAUACAUCUCAUUAUUGUAAUCCUUUUCUGAAUAUGCGAUGAGGGUUGUUGAAGUCAACCGCCUGUAUUGAAAGGAGAGCGACUCAAUGCUACUAGCCUCAUGCUCUGAAUAUGCAUAGCUAUCUGGAGAAAACUCUGAUAUAAAGUGUUUUUUCUCUGUGGCUGGGAUGUCACCUGUACUACUUAUAUCAGUACACUAAUAACAACUUAAGUGUUACCAAACUUCUAUUAGAUCAAAUAAACCUCACGUAGCAAAUAAGACAUUCAUUUUUUGGUUGACCAAAUUCAACAGUCAUUGACCUCGAUGUAAAUACUCCUUGCUUGGUGGGCGAAACAACAAGACACCACCUGCUGGAGGGAGACGGAGUUCUCUCUUAUUGACCAAUGGGAGACGGAGUUCUCUCUUAUUGACCAAUAGGAGACAGAGUUCUAUUUACCUUUGACCUUUUUCAAAAGGAGGAUAGAGCAAAUCUAAUUGAGAAAAGACCCAAGUCUCUAGAAUCAGUCCAUCUCUGGUCAGCCAUAUGUAUCUACAUGGCUGUGAUGAAACAGCCUAGUGGCCCAAUCUGGGGCUCCUCAUACGUUUUGUAUUCUACGAAGUGUUUUCAAGGUUUGAUACUUCUGUAGUGUACUUUGGUAAAAUAUGACGUGGCAGUCAACAAUGAUGAAAUGUGUGUGUGUGUGUACCGGGGCAGUGCUAAUGUGAAAUCAAUUGUGUGUGUUUACCAGAUCAGUGGUGAUGUUUUGGCCCACCCAGAACAGUACUCUCAGAUCUUCACCCCCCACCCAGUCAUCGUACCCGGAGGACGUUUCAGGGAACUGUACUACUGGUCAGUGAAGCUGUCACUGUCUGGACUGCUCUCCGUUGUUCUGCUCUGUCUGCAUAGCAGACCUUGGUUCAAAUACUAUUUCAAAUCAUUUCAAAUACUGUAUCUGGGCUUGAUUGAGCUUGCCUGGUGCAAUGGAACUAAUGGAAUAGUUGUAAAAAGUCCAACUCAGCCCAUCUGGCUCCCCAGGGAGACUAAAGCAGACAUUGAAAGUAUUGAAUUUGAAGUGGAUUUCAACCUAUGCCUGCUGCACAGGGAGGUAGGCUGAGGAACCCUUCUGGCCAAAAGAUGCUGCUGGGUUGUACGUAAAUGAAUGAUUGAAACGUGUCCAUUUGGAGUGCUCUCCUGUCCAUUUGGAGUGCUCUCCUGUCCAUUUUGGAGUGCUCUCCUGUCCAUUUGGAGUGCUCUCCUGUCCAUUUUGGAGUGCUCUCCUGUCCAUUUCAUUGUCUAUAUGUUUGGAGUCAUCCAGGGUUUUGAGCUGGGCAGGUAACAGCCAGAGCCACAGGCAGGUAACCAUCCAGGCCACAGGCAGGUAACCAUCCAGGCCACAGGCAGGUAACCAUCCAGGCCACAGGCAGGUAACCAUCCAGGCCUACCAAAGGGCUAGACAGACUGAGCAGGGCAGGGGUCUAACUACUGAUGACCCUCUAUGGGGACAGACUGGGCAGGGCAGGGGUCUGACUACUGAUGACCCUCUAUGGGGACAGACUGGGCAGAGCAGGGGUCUAACUACUGAUGACCCUCUAUGGGGACAGACUGGGCAGAGCAGGGGUCUAACUACUGAUUAACCCUCUAUGGGGACAGACUGGGCAGAGCAGGGGUCUGACUACUGAUUAACCCUCUAUGGGGACAGACUGGGCAGAGCAGGGGUCUGACUACUGAUGAACCUCUAUGGGGACAGACUGGGCAGAGCAGGGGUCUAACUACUGAUGACCCUCUAUGGGGACAGACUGGACAGGGCAGGGGUCUGACUACUGAUGACCCUCUAUGGGGACAGACUGGGCAGAGCAGGGGUCUGACUCCAGGGGGCAGACAGACAGACAUAUAACCCAGGGCAGACAGGCCUGUUCAGUCAGAGAUCUUACCGCUCAGAGCCCUCCAGUGUGUAUUAUUACCAGGGACAGUGAGGCAGAUCUGCUCUCUGUUCCUCUCAGGGACUCCUACUGGGUGAUCAAUGGUCUCCUGCUAUCUGAGAUGACAGACACCGCUCGUGGGAUGAUCCUCAACUUCGUCCACCUCAUCAACCGGUGAGCUGCACCUGCUGUCUGUCUGUCUGUCCGUCAUGUCUGUCUGUCUCUCUCCAUCCGUCCGUCUGCCCGUCAUGUCUGUCAGUCUCUCUCCAUCCGUCCGUCUGCCCGUCAUGUCUGUCCGUCUCUCUCCAUCCGUCCGUCUGCCCGUCAUGUCUGUCCGUCUCUCUCCAUCCGUCCGUCUGCCCGUCAUGUCUGUCCGUCUCUCCCCAUCCGUCCAUCUGCCCGUCAUGUCUGCUCACCACCACCAGAGGUAGGUUAUGCCAUUAAGUUAUGAAUAUUAAGCGCCUGGACACCCUACUGUCAGACUACUGAAUCUCUGGUUGGCUCAGGGACAGCCAUUAGCAAUGUAGUUAGAUGUCCAGGAGAAUAUACAGUGCAUUCGGAAAGUAUUCAGACCCCUUGACUUUUUCCACGUUUUGUCACGUUACAGCCUUAUUCUAAAAUUGAUUAAAUAAAACAUUUCCUCAUCAAUCUACACACAGUACCCCAUAAUGACAAAGCAAAUACAGGUGUUUAGAAAUUUUUGCAAAUGUAUUAAAAAGAAAAAACUGAAACUUUAUUUACUUAAGUAUUCAGACCCUUUGCUAUGAGACUCGAAAUUGAGCUCAGGUGCAUCCUGUUUCCAUUGAUCAUCCUUGAGAUGUUUCUACAACUUGAUUGAGUCCACCUGUGGUAAAUUAAAUUGAUUGGACAUGAUUUGGAAAGGCACACACCUGUCUAUAUAAGGUCCCACAGUUGACAGUGCAUGUCAGAGCAAAAACCAAGCCAUGAGAUCGAAGGAAUUGUCCGUAGAGCUCCGAGACAGGAUUGUGUCGAGGCACAGAUCUGGGGAAGGGGUACCAAAAAAUGUAUUCAGCAUUGAAGGUCCUCAAGAACACAGUGGCCUCCAUCAUUGUUAAAUGGAAGAAGUUUGGAACCACCAAGGUUCUCCAUCUCCACAGAGGAGCCCUGUCAGCUCUCUGCAGCCCUCCAUCAAUCAGGCAUUUUAUUUAAAUUGUGUCCCUUUUUCUCCCCAAUUUCGUGAUAUCCAAUUGGUAGUUACAGUCUUGUCCCAUCGCUGCAAAUCCUGUAUGGACUCGGGACAGGCGAAGGUUGAGAGCGUCCUCCGAAACACAACCCAACCGAGCCGCACAGCUUCUUGACACAAUGCCCGCUUAACCCGGAAGCCAGCCGCUCCAACGUGUCAGAGGAAACACCGUACACCUGGCGACCAUGUCAGCGUGCAUGCGCCCAGCCCACCACAGGAGUCGCUAGUGCGCGAUGGGACAAGAACAUCCCUGCCGGCCAAACCCUCCCCUAACCUGGACGACGCUGGGCCAAUUGUGCGCCGCCCCAUGGGUCGCCUGGUCGCGACCGGCUGCGACAGAGCCUGGACUCGAACCAGGAUCUCUAGUGGCACAGCUAGCACUGCGAUGCAGCGCCUUAGACCACUGCAUCACUCGGGAGGCCUUAGGCCUUUAUGGUAGAGUGGCCACAUGGAAGCCACUCCUCAGUAAAAGGCAUAUGAAAGCCAGCUUGGAGUUUGCCAAAAGGCACCUACAGGACACUCAGACCAUGAGAAACAAGAUUCUCUGGUCUGAUGAAACCAAGAUUGAACUCUUUGGCCUGAAUGCCAAGCAUCACGUCUGGAGGAAACCUGGCACCAUCCCUACAGUGAAGCAUGGGGGUGGCAGCGUCAUGCUGUGGGGAUGUUUGUCAGCGGCAGGGACUGGGAGACUAGUCAGGAUCGAGGGAAAGAUGAACGGAGCAAAGUACAGAGAGAUCCUUGAUGAAAACCUGCUCCAGAGUGCUCAGGACCUCAGACUGGGGCGACGGUUUACCUUCCAACAGGACAACGACCCUAAGCACACAGCCAAGACAACGCAGGAGUGGCUUCAGGACAGGUCUCUGAAUGUCCUUGAGUGGCCCAGCCAGAGCCCAGACUUGAACCCGAUCAAAAAUCUCUGGAGAGACCUGAAAAUAGCUGUGCAGCGACACUCCCCAUCCAACCUGACAGAACUUGAGAGGAUCUGCAGAGAAGAAUGUGAGAAACACCCCAAAUACAGGUGUGCCAAGCUUGUAGCGUCAUACCCAAGACGACUCAUGACUGUAAUCGCUGCCAAAGGUGCUUUAACAAAGUACUGAGGAAAGGGUCUGAAUACUUCUGUAAAUGUGAUAUUUCAGUUUUAUUUUUAAUACAUUUGAUACAAUUUCUAAAAACCUGUUUUUGCUUCUAAAAACCAGUUUUUGCUUUGUCGUUAUGGGGUAUUGUGUGUAGAUUGAUGAGAGGAAAAAAACUAUUUACGGUAAUCCAUUUUAGAAUAAUGCUGUAACAUAACAAAAUGUAGAAUUUAGAUUUUAGUCAUUUAGCAGACGCUCUUAUCCAGAGCGACUUACAGUUAGUGAGUGCAUACAUUUUCAUACUGGCCCCCCGUGGGAAUCGAACCCACAACCCUGGCAUCGCAAACGCCAUGCUCUACCAACUGAGCUACAGGGGACUUCAAGUUAAGGGGUCUGCAUACUUUCUGAAUGAUUUGAUAUGAUUUAUUUGACUAUUUAAAAAAAAAAAAAACACAAUACAUCCACAAAUGUGGAUACAAUGCAUUUAAAAAUUAUCGGUCAUCAAUGAACAACAAAUGAAAUAUGGAAAACGAAUGGAAUUGAUCCAGUAUGUCUGUCUUUUUGUAAUAUCUAGAUCUUCUUUUUCAAUUCCUCCCUCUCCAGAUAUGGUUUCAUCCCCAACGGGGGCAGAGUUUACUAUGAGCGUCGCAGUCAGCCCCCCUUCCUGUCUCUCAUGGUGGAGAGUUACUAUCAGACCACUAAAGACAAAGAGUUACUCAGGUAGUUACUGUCAGACCACUAAAGACAAAGAGUUCCUCAGGUACCGAUUCCUUUUUGACCACCAUUUUGUUUAUGACUAGGGCUUGUCAUGAAUGGAGUGCUCAAAGGUGCUAACAUGGCGUCCAUUCUAAAAUGUUGGCAGAACUAUCUGCUCAGGUCCAUGUGGUGAGGAUACUCUGGACCCUGUGGAUAACAAUGGUGUGGUACCUGGAUGGUAUUAAUGAUCAAAUGCUGUUCUAGGCCCUUCUAACGUUCAAUCACAACUGUAUCUAUAAUGUGUAGGACUGCUCUGCCAGCCCUAGAGUGUAAUCUCAACCUACUCUACUGUCUAGGACUGCUCUACCAGCCCUAGAUGAUAAUCCCAACCUACUCUACUCUGUAGGACUGCUCUGCCAGCCCUGUAUUAUAAUCUCAACCUACUCUACUGUCUAGGACUGCUCUGCCAGCCCUAGAGUGUAAUCUCAACCUACUCUACUCUGUAGGACUGCUCUGCCAGCCCUAGAUUAUAAUCUCAACCUACUCUACUGUCUAGGACUGCUCUGCCAGCCCUAGAGUGUAAUUUCAACCUACUCUACUGUCUAGGACUGCUCUACCAGCCCUAGAUGAUAAUCCCAACCUACUCUACUCUGUAGGACUGCUCUGCCAGCCCUAGAUGAUAAUCUCAACCUACUCUACUGUCUAGGACUGCUCUACCAGCCCUAGAUGAUAAUCCCAACCUACUCUACUCUGUAGGACUGCUCUACCAGCCCUAGAUGAUAAUCCCAACCUACUCUACUGUCUAGGACUGCUCUGCCAGCCCUGUAUUAUAAUCUCAACCUACUCUACUGUCUAGGACUGCUCUGCCAGCCCUAGAGUGUAAUCUCAACCUACUCUACUCUGUAGGACUGCUCUGCCAGCCCUAGAUUAUAAUCUCAACCUACUCUACUGUCUAGGACUGCUCUGCCAGCCCUAGAGUGUAAUUUCAACCUACUCUACUGUCUAGGACUGCUCUACCAGCCCUAGAUGAUAAUCCCAACCUACUCUACUCUGUAGGACUGCUCUGCCAGCCCUAGAUUAUAAUCUCAACCUACUCUACUGUCUAGGACUGCUCUGCCAGCCCUAGAUUAUAAUCCCAACCUACUCUACUGUCUAGGACUGCUCUGCCAGCCCUAGAUUAUAAUCUCAACCUACUCUACUGUCUAGGACUGCUCUGCCAGCCCUAUAUUAUAAUCUCAACCUACUCUACUGUCUAGGACUGCUCUGCCAGCCCUAGAGUGUAAUCUCAACCUACUCUACUCUGUAGGACUGCUCUGCCAGCCCUAGAUUAUAAUCUCAACCUACUCUACUGUCUAGGACUGCUCUGCCAGCCCUAGAGUGUAAUCUCAACCUACUCUACUGUCUAGGACUGCUCUACCAGCCCUAGAUGAUAAUCCCAACCUACUCUACUCUGUAGGACUGCUCUGCCAGCCCUAGAUUAUAAUCUCAACCUACUCUACUGUCUAGGACUGCUCUGCCAGCCCUAGAGUGUAAUCUCAACCUACUCUACUCUGUAGGACUGCUCUGCCAGCCCUAGAUUAUAAUCUCAACCUACUCUACUGUCUAGGACUGCUCUGCCAGCCCUAGAGUGUAAUCUCAACCUACUCUACUGUCUAGGACUGCUCUACCAGCCCUAGAUGAUAAUCCCAACCUACUCUACUCUGUAGGACUGCUCUGCCAGCCCUAGAUUAUAAUCUCAACCUACUCUACUGUCUAGGACUGCUCUGCCAGCCCUAGAUUAUAAUCUCAACCUACUCUACUGUCUAGGACUGCUCUGCCAGCCCUAGAUUAUAAUCCCAACCUACUCUACUGUGCAGGACUGCUCUGCCAGCCCUAGAUUAUAAUCUCAACCUACUCUACUGUCUAGGACUGCUCUACCAGCCCUAGAUUAUAAUCCCAACCUACUCUACUGUCUAGGACUGCUCUACCAGCCCUAGAUUAUAAUCCCAACCUACUCUACUGUGCAGGACUGCUCUGCCAGCCCUAGAUUAUCUCAACCUACUCUACUGUCUAGGACUGCUCUGCCAGCCCUAGAUUAUAAUCCCAACCUACUCUACUGUGCAGGACUGCUCUGCCAGCCCUAGAUUAUAAUCUCAACCUACUCUACUGUCUAGGACUGCUCUGCCAGCCCUAGAUUAUAAUCUCAACCUACUCUACUGUCUAGGACUGCUCUGCCAGCCCUGGAUUAUAAUCCCAACCUACUCUACUGUCUAUGACUGCUCUACCAGCCCUAGAUUAUAAUCCCAACCUACUCUACUGUCUAGGACUGCUCUGCCAGCCCUAGAUUAUAAUCCCAACCUACUCUACUGUGCAGGACUGCUCUGCCAGCCCUGGAUUAUAAUCCCAACCUACUCUACUGUGCAGGACUGCUCUGCCAGCCCUGGAUUAUAAUCCCAACCUACUCUACUGUGCAGGACUGCUCUGCCAGCCCUAGAUUAUAAUCCCAACCUACUCUACUGUGCAGGACUGCUCUGCCAGCCCUGGAUUAUAAUCCCAACCUACUCUACUGUGCAGGACUGCUCUGCCAGCCCUAGAUUAUAAUCCCAACCUACUCUACUGUGCAGGACUGCUCUGCCAGCCCUGGAUUAUAAUCCCAACCUACUCUACUGUGCAGGACUGCUCUGCCAGCCCUAGAUUAUAAUCCCAACCUACUCUACUGUCUAGGACUGCUCUGCCAGCCCUAGAUUAUAAUCCCAACCUACUCUACUGUGCAGGACUGCUCUGCCAGCCCUGGAUUAUAAUCCCAACCUACUCUACUGUGCAGGACUGCUCUGCCAGCCCUGGAUUAUAAUCCCAACCUACUCUACUGUGCAGGACUGCUCUGCCAGCCCUGGAUUAUAAUCCCAACCUACUCUACUGUGCAGGACUGCUCUGCCAGCCCUGGAUUAUAAUCCCAACCUACUCUACUGUCUAGGACUGCUCUGCCAGCCCUGGAUUAUAAUCCCAACCUACUCUACUGUGCAGGACUGCUCUGCCAGCCCUGGAUUAUAAUCCCAACCUACUCUACUGUCUAGGACUGCUCUGCCAGCCCUAGAUUAUAAUCCCAACCUACUCUACUGUGCAGGACUGCUCUGCCAGCCCUGGAUUAUAAUCCCAACCUACUCUACUGUGCAGGACUGCUCUGCCAGCCCUGGAUUAUAAUCCCAACCUACUCUACUGUCUAGGACUGCUCUGCCAGCCCUAGAUUAUAAUCCCAACCUACUCUACUGUGCAGGACUGCUCUGCCAGCCCUGGAUUAUAAUCCCAACCUACUCUACUGUCUAGGACUGCUCUGCCAGCCCUGGAUUAUAAUCCCAACCUACUCUACUGUCUAGGACUGCUCUGCCAGCCCUGGAUUAUAAUCUCAACCUACUCUACUGUGCAGGACUGCUCUGCCAGCCCUGGAUUAUAAUCCCAACCUACUCUACUGUCUAGGACUGCUCUGCCAGCCCUGGAUUAUAAUCCCAACCUACUCUACUGUCUAGGACUGCUCUGCCAGCCCUGGAUUAUAAUCCCAACCUACUCUACUGUCUAGGACUGCUCUGCCAGCCCUGGAUUAUAAUCCCAACCUACUCUACUGUCUAGGACUGCUCUGCCAGCCCUGGAGCAGGAGUACCUGUUCUGGAUGCAGAACCGCUCUGUGGCCGUUGAGGUGAACGGGAGGAAGCAUGUUCUCAACCGCUUUGAUGUACAGGUGGGCCUGCCCAGGUAUGGAACACAACAGAAAAUUAUCCUCAUCCCCUUCAAUAAAAUACACAACUUUAUUUGUCCAUCUGUUACAACACAAAUUCCAACCCACAUACAUGUAUUUUUGGAGUUGAUUUGUGUGUGUGUCUGUAUCUGUGUGUGUGUGUGUGUCUGUAUCUGUGUGUGUGUCUGUCUGUGUGUCUGUGUGUGUCUGUGUCUGUGUGUGUUUGUGUCUGUGUGUGUGUGUGUGUGUCUGUGUGUGUGUCUGUGUGUGUGUGUUCCCUUUCCUCCAGACCGGAGUCCUACACUGAUGAUGUAGAGCUGGCUGAAGGUCUGACAGAGGGUAAAAGUUGUUCCCUACUUCAUGAACAAACCGCAUUCCCAUCAUGGACACACUAUCUAUUGGGUUGGUCUAAAGUGGUGUACUUUAUAGAAUAGGGUGUAGCCCUUUGAUUCCCAGCCUUUGCCUGUGUCCCCCUCCCUGUACUCAGAUGCUGCAGAGAGGCUGUGGACAGAGCUGAAUUCAGGAGCAGAGUCCGGGUGGGACUUCUCGUCUCGCUGGUUUGUGGACGGCCAGGGGAACAACAACGGUUCUCUGAGAGACACCAGCACCAGUCAGUUGCUCCCUACAGACCUCAACGCUCUGCUCUGUCGCAACGAGAGGACCCUGGCUCACUUCUACAGGACACUGGGUGAGGAGAAAGCCUACUUGCCGCUUAUCACCUUUGACUAGCUAGUGGCAGGAUUUUUUACCACCUUAUCUCACUAGAUAAACUUCUGGGCCCUAGUUAUAACCUCUGGGCCCUAGUUAUAACCUCUGGGCCCUAGUUAUAACCUCUGGGCCCUAGUUAUAACCUCUGGGCCCUAGUUAUAACCUCUGGGCCCUAGUUAUAACCUCUGGGCCCUAGUUAUGACCUCUGGGCCCUAGUUAUGACCUCUGGGCCCUAGUUAUGAACUCUGGGCCCUAGUUAUAACCUCUGGGCCCUAGUUAUAACCUCUGGGCCCUAGUUGUAGCCAUAGGCUCAGCGUUUUUCCUCGUCAGGUCAUGUGGUCCACUAAAACUCCUGUCCCUAGUAUAAUGUGUUUUGUUGUUCCAGGUGAUGAGGCUGCAGCAGUGCAGUAUGACCAGGCUGUAUCAGCCAGGCUAGAGGCCAUAGAGACAGUCCUGUGGGAUGAGGAGAGGGGAGUCUGGUUGGACUACAGCCUGGUCACCAACACCUCCUGCCCUGCAUUCUACCCCUCUAACCUGGCCCCUAUCUGGGCAGCCUGCUACUCCCACCCUUCAAUGGGACAGAAGGCACUACACUACCUACAGGUUAGUUAGCCUGCUGGUCCAUAGACCUCACUCUGUGUGACAAGGCUCAUUGUCCUGUUGAAAUACCUUGAUUGAAAGAGCAUGUACAUUGAUUUGUCACUGAAAAAUACACACACCCAUUGAGUUACUGUAGCAAUGUGUAUUUACAGUAGUUAGUGUUUCCUUCCAUCCUUCCAUCCCUCCCUCCCUCCCUCCCAUCCUUCCCUAGGCUAGUGGUGGUCUUGCGUUCCCUAACGGUGUCCCUACGUCCCUGGUUGAGAGUGGGCAGCAGUGGGACUACCCCAACGCAUGGCCCCCUCUGCAACACAUGCUCAUCCAAGGUAGGACCUACAGUGAGGGGGGAAAAGUAUUUGAUCCCCUGCUGAUUUUGUACGUUUGCCCACUGACAAAGGCAUGAUCAGUCUAUAAUCUGAAUGGUAGGUUUAUUUGAACAGUGAGAGACAGAAUAACAACAAAACAAUCCAGAAAAACGCAUGUCAAAAAUGUUAUAAAUUGAUUUGCAUUUUAAUGAGGGAUUACUGGCUCCCAGGUGUCUUUUAUACAGGUAGCGAGCUGAGAUUAGGAGCACACUUUUAAAGGGAGUACUCCUAAUCUCAGCUUGUUACCUGUAUAAAAGACACCUGUCCACAGAAGCAAUCAAUCAAUCAGAUUCCAAACUCUCCACCAUGGCCAAAACCAAAGAGCUCUCCAAGGAUGUCAGGGACAAGAUUGUAGACCUACACAAGGCUGGAAUGGGCUACAAGACCACCGCCAAGCAGCUUGGUGGGAUUAUUCGCAAAUGGAAGAAACACUAAAUAACUGUCAAUCUCCCUCGGCCUGGGGCUCCAUGCAAGAUCUCACCUCGUGGAGUUGCAAUGAUCAGGAGAACGGUGAGGAAUCAGCCCAGAACUACACGGGAGGAUCUUGUCAAUGAUCUCAAGGCAGCUGGGACCAUAGUCACCAAGAAAACAAUUGGUAACACACUACGCCGCGAAGGACUGAAAUCCUGCAGCGCCCGCAAGGUCCCCCUGCUCAAGAAAGCACAUAUACAGGGCCGUCUGAAGUUUGCCAAUGAACAUCUGAAUGAUUCAGAGGAGAACUGGGUGAAAGUGUUGUGGUCAGAUAAGACCAAAAUGGAGCUCUUUGGCAUCAACUCAACUCGCCGUGUUUGGAGGAGGAGGAAUGCUGCCUAUGACCCCAAGAACACCAUCCCCACCGUCAAACAUGGAGGUGGAAACAUUAUGCUAAGGGGACAGGACAACUUCACCGCAUCAAAGGGACGAUGGACGGGGCCAUGUACCGUCAAAUCUUGGGUGAGAACCUCCUUCCCUCAGCCAGGGCAUUGAAAAUGGGUUGUGGAUGGGUAUUCCAGCAUGACAAUGACCCAAAACACACGGCCAAGGCAACAAAGGAGUGGCUCAAGAAGAAGCACAUUAAGGUCCUGGAGUGGCCUAGCCAGUCUCCAGACCUUAAUCCCAUAGAAAAUCUGUGGAGGGAGCUGAAGGUUCGAGUUGCCAAACGUCAGCCUCGAAACCUUAAUGACUUGGAGAAGAUCUGCAAAGAGGAGUGGGACAAAAUCCCUCCUGAGAUGUGUGCAAACCUGGUGGCCAACUACAAGAAACAUCUGACCUCUGUGAUUGCCAACAAGGGUUUUGCCACCAAGUACUAAGUCAUGUUUUGCAGAGGGGUCAAAUACUUAUUUCCCUCAUUAAAAUGCAAUUCAAUUUAUAACAUUUUUGACAUGUGUUUUUCUGGAUUUUUUUGUUGUUAUUCUGUCUCUCACUGUUCAAAUAAACCUACCAUUAAAAUUAUAGACUGAUCAUGUCUUUGUCAGUGGGCAAACGUACAAAAUCAGCAGGGGAUCAAAUACUUUUCCCCUCACUGUAGUUAGCCCUGAUGUGGCUUGCAUGUUGAAUCUGCAUCCCAAAUGACACCCUAUUCCCUAUUCCCUAUAUAGUGCAUCAGGCCUGAAUAAUCUAACUCUGUUAUCUUCCAAUCAGGCCUGUCCAGUCUGCCCUCACAGGAAGCUAGAGAGCUGGGGUUUGAAUUGGCUCAGAGCUGGAUCAGAACCAACUGGCUGGCCUACGUCAAGUAUGAAGCCAUGUUUGAGAAGGUGAUUAAGAAGAGGUGUGAUCACAAUGAGGUGUAGGGUGACGUUGCCCGUAGACAACGGUUGGCAAUAGUCGGCCUGCGGUCCAAAACCGGCCCGCUAGUGAUAAUUGUUUUGCCCCCCCCAAAAAAGUUUUUGGUGGCUAAAUCAAGUUUCCUUCACCUGCCCUAGACGUUGUUCAUGGGUCAGUGUAGCAUUUCCCCCACUGAUGGUUAAGGUUGGGAUUGGGGAGGGAAAGCUGAACCUAGGGGAACGUCACCCUGGAGCCCACAACGACAAAAUAUCCUCAACACGUGCCUUAAUAAAAGCUUGACAUAUCUGGGGUUUGUUUCUCUCUCUCUGUCAGUAUGAUGUGAACGGAGAUGGGAAACCGGGCGGCGGAGGAGAAUAUGACGUUCAGGUACACUAUGAUAUCUGAUCUGAUCGUUCAGGUACACUAUGAUAUCUGAUCUGAUCGUUCAGGUACACUAUGAUAUCUGAUCUGAUCGUUCAGGUACACUAUGAUAUCUGAUCUGAUCGUUCAGGUACACUAUGAUAUCUGAUCUGAUCGUUCAGGUACACUAUGAUAUCUGAUCUGAUCUUGAAAGUUGCUCUGGAUAAGAGCGUCUGCUAAAUGACUCAAAUGGCAAAAUGGAAAUAUUCAUCGAUCUUAUCUUGAUCUCCAUCUAAUCUUUUUUUUUUGUUGAGUUAUUUCAAACUCAUCUUCUUUAGUUGAUUCUGUGUCUGUCUCUUUGUGUGUGUGUUGUUGUAGUUGGGAUUUGGCUGGACCAAUGGUGUGGCUCUCCAGCUCCUGGACCAGUAUGGGGACCGGCUCACCUCCGGUAGCAGCGGAGACAGCUGCACCCUGUGUUUCAGCGCCACUGUGGCCCUGCUCUGCUCAGUCCAAACUCUGUUCCUAUCAAAUGCAAUGGGUGGAGGGUGGAGUUGCCCCUAGACACUGAUCCUGG